ACGAUAAACUGAGCUCCUCGAAACUCAACAGCUGGUUUCUCAUACCUUUCCAGUGUACGAUUUAACUGGAUCAAUUUCAACCGAAUUUUUCCCCAAAACCCAAAUUCAAUUUUCCUCCGUGUAAUUCGCCAAAGUGAAAAAAUUCUCAAAAGUGCAAUAAAUAAUCCGAAUUUGUGAUUUUCUCCCGAACCAAAUUGGGUCAAUGGAAAUUAGGAAUACGCUUGAUAUUCCCUGACUUCCUCGAAAUUUUCUUCGCUUUUCCCCACAUUGUCGCAGGUGUGAAAAGGUGUGAAAUAAUAGAAGAAAAAUCGGGUUUCUAACCUCAAAAAUUCGCAAGGAUUUUUUUCUCGCGAAAACAAAAAGAGCAGCUGUUGGGGAAAAAGAUGUGUUGCCAUAUUUUUUUUCAAAGUCAAAUAUAGGCGGAAAAAAUUGGAAAAAAUCAUCCGACGGUUGAAAAAUGAAGUGAGAGAAUAAAUGCAUUUCCUGCGGGGGAGAGUUCGUUUAGUGACGGAUGGAAAUCUGAAGAUUCGCUCGUUUGAGGUUAUUUUUUGAAAGUGGAAAAAUGACUGACAGACUGGGAUUAGGUCCUGAGGUCCGGGAAUUAAAAUUGGGACCGACUUUUACAAAUAAUAAGUCGACUGCUUUCCAUACUCUCAAGUAUGACUUUAAGCCAGCGAGUGUGGAUGUCUCUAAAAUAGCAAGGGUGGAUGUAAAAGCGGACCACACAAUAUCUGUAACGGUGCCGCAUUUAGAUGGCGCUGGAAUUCCUCACACAGUUUUUAAGGGGUCCACAAGAUCUUACAAUAAGGAAUGUGUUUUGAUAAUUGAUCGAGUGACUGGCGAAGUCACUCUCGAGAAAUUAUCCUCAAACAUUCAAGUCAAAAAGACUCGGACUGAAACAAAGUCUCAGCCUCACUUAAGUGUUCCUGCCUCCAAUUCAGGAGCGAGACCAAAUACUCCCGUAGAAGUUUUAAGAACCAGUCCAACGCACGGAAGAAAUAAAAGCAGAACUAAAGUGUCGACUGGGAAAAAAAGAGAGCCUACAGUCCAAUUACAUCCAAAGCCACACAGUCCAUUUAGAGUAUCGCCUUAUCACGGGAAAAGUCCUUCUAGUAAUCACAUCAAUCAUUCUCCAGCACAACCCUCGUCGCAGUCGACUUUGGCAAGUCUUCCGAUGAUUGGUUUUGACACUGACGAUUUUUCUAUUACUCCCCCUGUUCCGAUUCCACCUCCGGCUCCACGACCCGCCACAACUAUUCCCCACAAACCCUUGACUUUCCCAAAACCACCUGAACAACCUCCAAAGAAUGAAGCACCUCCGAGCGACUCAUCGUCGAGCAGCUCCAGUUCUGACAGUUCUGACAGCGAUUCGGAUGCAGAAAAAAUUCCGGUUCCACCUGCAAAUGGUUUAGCGAAUGGCAUGACGUCUCCUUUGCUGAUGCCAGAUAUUCUCUUAAAUGACGAUCUUCAGCUUUCAGAAUCCGAAUCUGAUAGCGAUUAACGAUAACGAGGCAUUCCGAAGUUUCUAUUUAUCUAAACGAGAGAUUCUCAACAAUAAAAAUUAAUAUUGAACGAGUCGAUAUUAAUUAUUUAACAUCACUGUCGUCCAGUUUUCUUUAUUGAAAUGAGUGCGUACAAGAAAAAAAAAAAAAAAAAAAAACGAAAAUGAAAAUGAAAAAGACUCACUUGAGGUUAGAUUGGAGAGAAUUCACGAUGUCGAUUUUAAUCGAUUGAUAUCGAAUUCAGCGAGAAGUCGACACUUGAAAAGAGUUCCUUGGAGUGCAAGUAGAACUUGUUAAAAGGUGUUAGGGCUUUUUUUAAUAAUUAUUUUUAAAACUAUAUAUACUCUGUGCUGUGUGAGCUCAAAUCCUCGCGAGGAAUAAAAAAAAACUUUCC